AUGGCUCUGUUUCUGGCGGCCACCAUCCUGUGGGCGCUGGUCUGGCUGCUGUACCGUGCUUGGCAGGUCUGCCAGACCCCCAACGAGAUUCUCGUCGAUAAGCUCGGUCUCGAUAUUCCGCCAGCACCGGAAGUGACCCUCGAGGAGAUUUCAGCCCGGGAGAUCCGAAUUGCCUGGAAGCAGCCCGAUUUCCACAACUCUAUUCAUAAGCAUAUCAUACAGAUCAACAAUUCGAAAGUGGGCGAAACGAAGAGAGCUGAAACGGCUGUCGCCAUUGGCAAUCUGAUCCCAGGACAUAUCUAUCACAUCUGUGUCUUCGCUGUCAGCGCGGCUAAUUUUCAGACUGCGAGCGCCGUCCUUCAUGUCCGCACGAAGCCCCUUCCUUUGUCCCAAACUCAGCAAGAUGACACCACUGGCGGUCCGACCAUUCGCGCGUCUGUGCCACGGCCAACACCCGCGCUCGUGGCUCCAGCAGCUCCGAUCAUGGCGCGAGAGCAUAGUGGAGGUCAGGUGCAAGGCAAACGAUCCGGGGCUGGCCGGAAGUUAUCUCCUGCAGCAACAAGUCCAGAUACCUCUCAUAAUCAGGUGGAUGACGCCCAGCGAGGCUCGGCAAACGAGGAUACUGGUGAAUCCCUGGAGCAAUUGGCAGAACGUCUUAAGACUUUGCAGCAUGAGAAUGAAGCGAUGGACAAGCAGAUCAAUGAUGAGGAGGAGGAGCAUAAUGCGACACUCAAGGAACUGGAGAAGCAGAGGGAUGAACUGAAGCAGCGCGUCAAGGAAAAAGAUGAGGCCAGCGGUGAUCUCAAGAAGCACGUGAAUAAGCUUGAGAGUGUCAACAGAACCGUGCAGAGCGAAAAGACCAAGCGGGAGAGGUUGCUGCAGCAGAAGGAGGCCGAGCGCAAGAAACGCAAAGAUGACAUCGCCCGGUGGCAGGAUCAGAUCGCCCAGAUGAACAAAGACAUUACACGGGUCAGAGAGGAGAAGGCCCGGGUUGAAGCCGAGGCAGCCAAGCAAGCCAAUGAGAUCCGGGAAAAAAUCGCCCACGAACAGGCAGAAAUGAAAAGCAUCGAUGAGGAGAUUCAAGAGAAAGGCGGCCGCAUCAAGAAGCUGGAGGAGGAGAGAAAGAGGCUUCAAGGCGGUGAUAGCGAGGAUGGCAAGGAGCUGGAUCGGAUCGAUACUGAACGGGCUCGACAGUGGGAAAUCCGUCUAAGCAAUCUCCAAGCAAGAUAUGCGACUCUCGUCAACCUUCACGCACAGGCCCAGCAACAAUACCAGGAAGCCCAAGAACGUCUGAAAUGGCUCAACAGUCAAAGAGCCAACGGCACGGGCCCGUUCGCCGCGCUACAGCCUCUUGAUUUAGACCUCUCGCACGCUGCUGCCAUGCGCCGGCCACGCCAUCGGAGUUCGCUCACGAGUAAUGUGUCGUCACCAGUGACAUUCCCUCAGAUGGAUCCGUCAUUUCCUCGUGCCGUGAACUACAAUCCGCCUUCAAACAACUCGCCCACAUUUGCUCCCAGCUCUGCCUUCUUCAACAUCACCAAUGGAAUGACCUUCUCUGGUCCUCCUGACCGGUCAGUCGGGAUUCCCGCCGAGUCCGAUAUAUCAACAAGCAACGCACCGAUGAGUCCACGAGCCGAUGCGUUAUUACCAUCGGAUCUCCUCGGAGACGAAGAGUCUUCAGACAUUCCCGAGGGAGUUACGAGUGCGCAGUAUCCAGAUGUCGGCCCGGUUGAGAGCGCUCCACAUGGGUCACCAUCCCCGGUGUCUUCAGAACCCAGAUCCGCAACUUUCUUUACGAGUCCCCACAGCAGUCUCAGCCGCCUUCGGGAUGCGGAUCAUCAGCCAUCAGGCAACGAGGAAGUCCCCCAAGGCGAAUCAUCAAGCGGUGUGCAAAGCGCCUCCCGGAGACUGUCUGGCCUUUUUGGCUUUCACCGGCAACGUGGGAAGACUCUUGCAGAUGGGCCCCCGUUGCUUGGGACGUUGAAGCCAGGACAAAGUCGGUCGUUUCCGAAGAACUUCGACGACAUAGAACCCAUCGGAUCAAGACGCCGGAGACUCAGCUAUACAGGCAAUUGGGCAAAUGCAAUGUCCUUCUUCCCACGGAGCAACACGACGAACGUGACGGCUGAUAGCUCUUCCGAUCACAUGCCCUCCAGGAGGAGUGCCUUUGCGAACAUCUUUUCAUCCAGCAAAUUCGGUUCUGGAGGCUCGGGCGAUCUGCUCACGGCCGGGUCUUCUGAUCAGAAUACUGGAUACAACCAGUUCAGCCCUAGGCAUGAUCCUAUCGAUCCGUCGUCGAUUCUGGGCACUGUCCGACGGGGUUCUUUAUCUCCUCGCCCGUCGUCGACCUUCUCAUUUGAUAACCAGCUUCCCCAUCCAUCUACGGAACCAUUUGGCUGGCCAUCAGGGGAGGCAGCUGGGCAGCGGAGCUCUCUUGGCUUUGAUUGGGCUUCUCCGGCAGCCUGGUCGCGGACUCCGUCGCGGCGCCCGUCCACUCAGUAUGGAUCCUCGAGUCAUCUACCACUGGGCAUUUCUGCUACGGAGCCGGAUUUCCUUCAAGGGGCAUACGAAAAACAACAUCGACCCUUGCAAGCACCGAUCGGCACCAGGCCUUCGUCUUCCCAUCGGCCCGUUACUCCGAAGUUGAACCCUGCCGCUCCAUCCUUCAAGACUCUGUUCAGUAAGAAGUCGGAAAAGGAUAAAGAGAAGGGGAAGGAGAAGGAUAGGGAUAAGGACAAGGAAAAAGAGAAGGACAAGGACAAGGACUCGAGCAGCAUCUCGAAAUUCCAGGAGAAUGAAUCCACGGCAGAUGAUAGCUCCCCUCCUGCGUCGAGACGGUCUAAGGAUUCCCGAUCUCUAUCAGCUGCGACUGAAUCGUACGACUCGCUUGAUCUGGUAACUUCCAGCAGCCCCGUAGAAAAUGGCAGUGCGAAGGAGUCGUUCAUUCAGAAGAUCACCCGCAAGAGCAGCUCGAGCAAGUUCAAUCUGUCGUGGAAGGACCGGGCCGGUAUAUUCUCGAAGAAGAAUGAUUCCAAUCAAGGAGAUAUUGACGAAGACGCCAAUUCUAGCGAGGCGCAGCUAGGCAAGAGCGUGGACAGUGCCGUUUCCAGCACGGCGUCUGUGGAGAAGUCCACCUCAAAGAACAGCCGAAGUUUCUUUACCAGGAAGUCCAAAAAGUCCGACAAGACCACUAGCGAGUCGAGCGAGAAGGCGAGCGAGACAGGAGACGAAGAACCUGAGGAGGAAGUGGUCUCGUAG